CCGGAGCGUCCCACCAUGGUGGCCGAAACCCCUAGAGGAGAUCCCAAGGAGUUCGCGGCGGCCGAACCCACCAAGAACAGUGGCCCGGUGUCGGUCCCUGUAGAGGACCCAGGAGCCGCCUGCUGCGGCUCCUGGGACCAGGUGCGCCGCUGCCUCCGAGCCAACCUGCUGGUGCUGUUGACAGUGGUGGCCGUGGCGGCCGGCGUGGCGCUGGGGCUGGGGGUGUCGUCCGCCGGCGGCAGGCUGGCUCUGGGCCCGGAGCGCUUGACGGCCUUCGCCUUCCCGGGCGAGUUGCUGCUGCGCCUGCUGAGGAUGAUCAUCUUGCCGCUCGUGGUGUGCAGCCUGGUCGGUGGCGCCUCCAGCCUGGACCCGAGCGCUCUGGGCCGCCUGGGCGCCUGGGCGCUGCUCUUUUUCUUGGUCACCACUCUGCUCGCGUCGGCGCUCGGCGUGGGCUUGGCGCUGGCGCUGCAGCCCGGCGCCGCCUUCACCGCCAUCAACUCUUCGGUCGGGGCCACGGGCGCUAUCGAACCGGCCCCGAGCAAGGAGGUGCUCGAUUCGUUCCUGGAUCUUGUGAGAAAUAUCUUCCCUUCCAACCUGGUGUCUGCGGCCUUCCGCUCAUAUGCCACCUCCUAUGAACAAAGAGGGGACAAUGGAACCAAGGUGAAGGUGCCUACAGGACAUGAGGUGGAGGGCAUGAACAUCCUGGGCCUGGUAAUGUUUGCCAUUGUCUUUGGUGUGGCCCUGAGGAAGCUGGGGCCUGAGGGGGAGCUGCUCAUUCGCUUCUUCAACUCCUUCAAUGAUGCCACCAUGGUGCUGGUCUCCUGGAUCAUGUGGUACGCCCCUGUGGGCAUCUUGUUCCUGGUGGCUGGCAAGAUUGUGGAGAUCGACGAUGUGGGGAUGCUCUUCGCGAGCCUUGGCAAAUACAUACUGUGCUGCUUGCUAGGCCAUGCCAUCCAUGGGCUCCUGGUGCUGCCCCUUAUCUACUUCCUCUUCACCCGCAAAAACCCCUACCGCUUCCUGUGGGGCAUCAUGACGCCCCUGGCCACUGCCUUCGGGACUUCCUCCAGCUCCGCUACGCUGCCGCUGAUGAUGAAGUGCGUGGAGGAGAACAACGGCGUGUCCAAGCACAUCAGCCGCUUCAUCCUGCCCAUCGGCGCCACCGUCAACAUGGACGGUGCAGCCCUUUUUCAGUGCGUGGCCGCGGUGUUCAUUGCACAGCUCAACCGGCAACCCCUGGACUUUGUGAAGAUCAUCACCAUCCUGGUCACGGCCACAGCGUCCAGCGUGGGGGCAGCGGGCAUACCUGCUGGAGGUGUCCUCACUCUGACCAUCAUCCUCGAAGCCAUCAACCUCCCUGUCAACGAUAUCUCCUUAAUCCUAGCUGUGGACUGGCUAGUGGACCGGAGCUGCACCAUCCUCAAUGUGGAAGGUGACGCUUUGGGGGCCGGACUCCUCCAAAAUUAUGUGGAUCGUACAGAGUCGCCGAGCUCAGAGCCCAAGUUGAUCCAGGUGAAGAGUGAAACACCCUUGCCACUGCCGGCCCCUGCUGAGGAAGGGAACCCCCUCCUCAAACACUAUCACGGGCCCGCUGGGGAUGCUGCCACCUCUGAGAAGGAAUCAGUCAUGUAAACCCUGGGAGGGACCUUCCCUGCCCUGAUGCGGGGCACAUCGGAGAUAAAUGGACAAACUGAGGCUCUAGGGGACUGCCUACACACUCUGGGCAGACAGGGGCACCAGCCCCCUCCUGGAUCUGGGAGGCCUUGCUGCUGGGGUUUAUGUGUAUAUGUGUGUAUGAAUGCAUCUCCCCAAAUCUCCCCAGUCCUCAUCUCAUGUCCCUGACCCAAGGCUAGGAAACAGCAAGAUGGAGAAAUAAUGUCUUCCUGCUCCACAACCUCCUCCACCCCCCCACCCACCCACCGCCAGGGCCUGCCUGGCCUUCCCUGUCUCAGGGCCCAGGUCACCAUGUGGAAUUCUACACCCUUUUAGGGCAAGGCUAUUUUGAUGCUCGUUAUUUUGGUGGCUGUAGCUGUGGGAUGUGUGUGUGUGUGUGUGUGUGUGUGUGUGUGUGUGUGUGUGUGUGUUCUAUGAACACCUACUCUCUAUGGUACAUCCCAUCCUGUCCCUAGGCCCUGUGUUCCCUCCACAGUAACAGAAACACUCCCAGGAACAUUUUUUUUAAACAAUAAAAUUGAAUGUCAAGUAUAUUUAA